AGGUCAUACGUGAAUCCAAGACAUUCCAAAGGGUUCAAAAUGGAGUAACGUGUGAAGACGACGCAGGCACGAAGGGAUUCGCGAGCCAUAAUAUUGCAUCGGCAAGUCUGUCAGUCGUGGUUAAGAGCAAAUACUUCGGUUGAGCAACUUACCGUCCCCUUUCGUCCACAACGUCUACUACAGAAGAAUAUGGAGCCACCAAAGCAAGCAAGCCCAGACUCUGGUUGUCAGGAUGUCAACCCUGUGUUUCUGCAACAACUUAGAGAGCUGGAUAUUCCAGAAGAGGCAGCUAAACAGGCACUCCUGCACACUCGGAAUGUUUCUGCUGAGGAGGCGGCCAUGUACUACUUCAACAAACUGGAGAAUGAGGAGGAGGGAGAUGAGGACCUGAUGUUCAAAAUGGUGUUUGUGGUUAACAUGGACCUUGCCAUGGGGGUUGGAAAGGUAGCGGCUCAGGUAGGCCAUGCUGCUGUGGGACUGUACCAGACUUUGCAGGAGAAGAACAGCUGGAGGGAGAUGGCCUGGAAGUGGGACCACAGUGGAGCCAAGAAGAUCGUGGUACAAGGUACCAAUGUGGCUCAUCUGUUGGAGCUCCAGGCCUUGGCCAUGAGUCUCAGUCUGCCCACUUACCUGGUCCAGGAUGCAGGGCUUACUCAAGUGGAGUCCGGUUCCCGUACUGUCCUGGCUAUAAUGGGUGAGGAGGAAAUGGUGAACAAUGUGACUGGGAGUCUGAAGCUGCUGUGAUGUUCUCCAGACCAAAACGGGAAUGGAUCUGUGAUGCCUGACAGCAACACAUAGAGGGCAGAAUUUUCCAAAGAAAGCAAGACGCUAGCACGAGAAACCUUUUAAAGUAACACGGAAGACAUCGACCCCAAACCUCACAUCACUUUCUUACCCGUGGAAGUGGUCUUCAAACAUGAGCAUUUCCAACUGAUCAUUCUGUGCAGGUGUGAAUGGCUUAAAAUCAGUCUGGUAGUUUGCAGCUUGUGUGCUUAACUGGGAUGGUAGUUAGGAUUUUUAAUGGAUCAAUUUGUCGUCAUUGUCUGAAUGCCACUUUGAAAUGUUGCUCUCCCAAAGACCCGCGAUGAGAAAUGCUUGUUAUUUGAUAGACAUGCAGUAGCUACUACACGUUAGGCUGCAACUGUAGAAGAUUUUGAAAGGAUGAGUUGAACUGGUCAUUCAGUUAUUGCUCUUAUUUAUUCCAUUUCAUUCUUCAGCUCGUACUAAUAAGGACACAGACAUUUUAUUUAACACGGCUGCAUGUUAGGCUACUUCCAACAUAGAAAUUCAAGCAAAGUCGAAAGGUGGUGAUGGAAAAGCUACGGCACAUACAUCAUAGCUACUUAGCUCCUCUUCAAGUGCUCGUGCAUUGCCGAGGGGCUCCCGUGACAUCACGCUACCACUUUGAGACAUUUUUGCAUUGCUUUGGCGUUUCCCACCUCCAUGUUGCUGCACCCUCGUCUUCUGUUGGCGGCGGGUUUUGCACUCGGUGACUUCAGUCCCCUCGGGUGAAACCAUCGUAAUCCAUUUUAGAGCAUUAAAUGCAUGACGUCGCUAAUAACCUGUCCACUACUCAAUUAGUCAUCUCCUAGGGGACUAAUGAUUGCAGCCUAGCUAUGUGUGUGCAGUUUUCCAUCCCUUACUGCUUUGUACACUUAAUUUUUCCUCUUAUUUUCUAUUUGAAGAAGAAAAUGUUACCAGUGAUGAUGCAUACAUGGGCGUUUUGUUGAGUACUUGAUGUUUUAUUGCAUGUACUGGGUCUUUUCUGUCUUUAGUCAGGGGUGUCCAAACGUUUCCCACCCAGGGUCACAUACAGAACAAUCCCAAGUCCUUCACUUUGACUUUAUUAAACAUGCUAAUUAUCUCAUGCAUCAAGUUAAACACAAAAGAUAAAUAUAUAUAUAUUGGCCGCUCAGGUUGGACUUUGGAUACCCCUGCUGUAAAUCUUGUUUAUGCAUUUAAUCAAGUCGUUACAUCUUUCAGUACAGAUGAGUGUAAUGUGUAUGUUGCUCUCUUGUGUAGUAAUGAAAAUCCUGACAGGAUAUUGGUAAACAUAUAUAUUGUCUUGUCCUAUUUGUGAACUGAUUGACUUGCUAAAUGUAUCUUUUUGCAGAUGACAUUGACAUGCAUGUAUGACAUGUAUACUUACAGUCAGCAGAAGGUCAGCACAGCUUAAUUAUAUAUACAUCCUAACAAAUAUAUUAUGUGGCUCUGACUUCACAUUAAAUCUCCAUGGAGGACGAAUGGUGACGCAUGAACAUUAAAUUCACAUGAGAUGAAACAGCCUGUUUAAAACGAGAGCAAAUUAAAGCUAUACAAUCUGAAA